AUGGGGGCGACGUGCGCCAAGAGUGGUGUUGCCAGCAACGCCGCCAAGAGCCGCCGUGGCGGAGCGCGUUCUGGCAGCAGGAGCAGCAGUCUUGUGUCCAGGCGGCGUGAGUCUCACACCCACUGGGAGGGUUCCCGCGGUGUGGAUGUGUUGCCCCGGCUGGAAGCUUCCCCCGACUUCGGCGAGUACUCUUCGCCGGAGGCGGACGAUGUGUUGUCUAUUCCCUCUGUGGCACGCGUCAGCUCAAUGAUGGCGCAAACGCCGGGGCACUCCAUGACCACGCACCCCGGCGCCUGCCACGCGCAGGCGCAGCCGACAGUGACUGGGGUGGAAGUCGCGGCGGAGGCAACGACGCCGGAUCUCGGCGCCGCCGCCGCGCAGGAUGAUAAGGGCAGGCCGCCGGAGAGACGCGCUUGCGGCAGUGGCCCCGCGUGUGGGGCGCAGCCUGCCGAGACGGACUCCGCGGCGGCGUGCAUGCCGCACGGUGGGCUGGACGGCCCCCCGCGCCCUCCUUCGCCGCCGCCUCCUCAUUUGGCGGCGGCGGCGGCGGCGCCAGCCCCGGCGUCAUCGGCGACAGCCACCGCAACAGAGAACUGCGCGGAGACCCCCGUCGCGCGUCCCGCCGCCGCUGAGAAGUUGAGGCGGGGGGAUUCUGCCUUCUCCGACUCCGUUUCCAACUCCAACUUUUUGAGCUGCCUCUCUUUCAAUGAGGCGAGGCGGCUUUGCACCCGGGUGCUGCUUGCGCCCUCCCCCAGUCCCGAUCCUCCUCCUGGGGCGCCUGACGUGAGCCACGCCGAAGCACGCGCGGCCGGCUCUCAGGAGCAACAAAAGUGUGUGGUCUCCACCCCGACCCCGGAUUAUUCCGCAUCGCAGUCCAGCGCUGGCGACACCACACCGAUGCAGGCGAGAGGGCAACGGAUGGGUGAGGGGCAGCACGCCCCCGUCCCACGCUCGCAGAAAGAUUUCUUCGAGGCUGAGGUGCCUGGGUGCUGCCUUGCCGCUAAAACAGAGGACGAGGUGCGAGAAUCGCUUCUUGCGGCAUCUGUGAAGGGGCGGAUUUUCCCACAGCAGCUAGACGACGAACUACCCAUUCUAGGUGGUGCACUUGCUACUACCGCUGCUUCCCCGCCGAGGAGUCAACCCCGCGAUAGUCCACCGGUGCCGACCCCCGUCUCGUUUGCCCCCAGCAGCCUUGACUCGGAAUUGUCGCCGCCGCUGGAGUCGCCGCAGCGGGCGGGACGCGGCUUGGCCUCACCCCCCGCACACCCUCAGCCUGCGCGAGCAAUGGCUGCGGCCACUGGUGCUAACGGGACCGCGGGUACGAAUGCCAUUUCUGGUCUUAGGGGACAGCUGGGGGCGGAGAGGCGCCGGGGGAGCGGGUCCGAGCGCCCAGCAAGUGCGGAGGGAAGUGGGACUAGAUGUUUGCCGCCGGUCGAGGUUGCGAGGGAGGGAUAUUUUGCCACAAGUGAAAUUGCGAACACCCACUGGAGUAAGUCGCAUAGGCCGAACUCUUCGGCGUCAAGGUCCUGCGAGGGACUUGUAGGGUCACCGCGUGUUCUGCAGGCGGCUGCGUUGGAUUUUCCUGCGAGCCGCGCCCAGUCUUGCGGGGUGCACUUGCACGCCGUGUCCUCGCCAAGCUCGUUCCGCUCCCCAUUCACUCCGUCGAGAACGGCACAACGCGGCACCGUGCCGUGCCGUCGACGGGGGUUGCUAUCGCCCUUCCUACCAGCACCACCACCACCACCCCGGCCCCCGUCGCCGCCUGCAGCCUCUUCAAAAGGGAAGGAGGGGGCGGAGGUGGACAGUCGCGGGGCGAGCUGCCACGUGCGGCGAUGCAGUCCCGCGUCGCCGCAGCCAGAGCGCCCCAAUUGGUCGUUGCUGUCGUCGUCGUCGUCUGGGCACCUGUACUCCCCGGGGGCCGAAUUCGCGCCAUCCACAGCAGGUACGGGUGCCAACAGCCUUGCGGGCGUGCUGGCCACAGCGGCCACUCGCUGCCCCGCAGGGGGGCGGAACGAUGCAAAGCACUUCUGUCGCUGGUGCGAGGAGCCGUAUGGCUGGCGUGAGGUCUGCGCGGUGGCGGGUGAGCCACAUUCAGUGUUGCGCCUGCGACGAAAACACGAAAAGGCGACGAAAAAGCGCGCCCAAAAACUUCUUCGCUCUGGGAGGAUUCAGGAGGCGGUCUCGGAGUUGCAGGCUGCCGGGAUAGUAUGA